AUGAAGAUCUCCGCCGUCGUCCUCAGCGCCGUCGCCCUCGUCGCCGCCCAAAAGGCCGAGGAUUACUUCCCCGAGUGCUCCAUCUCCUGUCUCCAGGACUCUGUCUCCGCCGCCUCGGACUGCUCCUUCACGGAUGCCUGGUGCGUCUGCGUCCAGGCCACCUACGAGGCCAUCACCGGCCAUGCCACCCCUUGCGUCAUGACCAAGUGUGGUGCCGAUAAGGCUAUCGUCGAGGUCCUCCCCGCCGCCAUCCCCUACUGCUCCGCCGCCUCCGCCGCCCACAGCGCCGCCACCGCCUCUCCCUCCAGCCCCUCAGACUCCCAGAACACCGAUGCCCCCAAGGCCGACACCACCGACGCCCCUACCUCCGCCGCUUCCGCCGUCGACGCCACCUCCAGCGGCGCCGCGCCCACCGGCAGCUCCGAGGCGGACAGCGCUGCCGCUGGCCUCGCUGUCCCCGCCAUCCUUGGCAUGCUUGCCAUUGGUGCCGUGGCUGCUUUCUAA